GUUGCCCCGAAUUGAGUACUGCGCUCGUCAUUUGCUUUUUUCCGCAUUCACCCCAGUAUCUGGCCAAGCAAUGCAUUUUCGACUGUCGACCCAUUGCGGGCGAAGUUUUUGUCGUCGCGUGAUGGAGCGUUUUGACAGCGUCUGAACUUUGGUUAAAUCGUGCGUGAGUUUUUCGUGGUUUAGCGAGAUUUCAGCCGGCAAAGUAUUGCGGAAAAGCGGAAACGGAAUCUUUUAACGGGAGUGCGGAAGAAAGCAAUUGGCGGGAUUUCCCCGAAAAGCUUCAGGACAAUGACCGAGACCAAAAUACCAUCUGGUUUCUUGCCAGGUCAAAGCCUGGCCAAACCUUUGCACUUGCAACGAUUGGAAUCAAGUUUGGAUAUGAGACCAUUUAUGAACUACGCCCAAAGUGUUCUGUCGCAACGUCUCACGAGCAGUGAAUCAAGUGAUUCUGAUUCGGAUAAUGAAACAGUGAAUCCUGGCGAUAAAUAUUACAAUGGGAUAAAAACGUCGAAAAUAGAUCGCCGUAAUGAUAAACUUCAUGCAUAUAACUUUUCCCAAGUCGAUCCUGAACGAAAGUGGCUGCAAGAUCUUUUAUUGAGCGACACUGAUAGCGAUUCAAGGAUAUCAGAUGAAGAUGAAUAUAUACGGGAUAUGCUGAAAAAUCAUGUUAGAGAGCAGAAAUUAAGAGAGCUGUAUUACAAGGCGGCCAGCAAUGCACAAUAUGGUUACUAUGGCGCCGGAGUGUUAUCUAACGAAGAUAUGUUCCCCGAACAUCAACGCUCUAUCGUUGGUACUAAAAAGAAACGAAAGGAACGUGAGAAAAAAACGGAAAAAGAGAAAACGCGUAAACCUAAAAAGCAGGGAUCAAUGAAGUCCAGAAAGGGGGAUGAAUUCGGUGACUUAGACUCCGACUUGAAAGAUUUAGACUGGGACGAUUCCAUUUUGAAUAUGCGUGACGAUCAGGAUGACGAUAUGGAAACAAAUAGUCCUCUAAGUGGGACAGCAAGAAAAUCUCGCAAAAAAUCUCUGCUAGCCAAAACACCGGAAGUCAUGGCAGCGAGAAGACGUAAGGUUUGGCAAUUAAUGGCGAAGAAAGAGUUAGGCAAAGUACAACGAGCCAAGGCUAACAAUCACAAAGAAAUGUUGCAAAGUUGCAAACGAGUUAGUACAAUGUGUAUGAAGAUUAUAAGGCAACGUGCUAUGCAGUCACAGAAAAUUAUGAAGGAGACUGUAUGGCGGGCAAAGCGUUUAACCAGAGAAAUGCAAGGCUAUUGGAAACGUUACGAUCGUGUUGAACGCGAGACUCGUCGUCGAAUGGAAAAAGAGGCAGAGGAGCAGCGCAAAUUAGAUGUUGAACUGAUUGAAGCAAAACGGCAACAGCGAAAAUUGAAUUUCUUGAUAACACAAACGGAACUGUACGCCCAUUUCAUGUCACGAAAGCUGGGACAUGGUUCUGAAGAGGAGCAACUUAGGAUUUUGAAUCAAUUAGACGAAGAGAUCAAUCCGAGAUUAGCAGCUAUCGAUGACUAUAACAGUGAGCUAAUGAAGCGGAAAGCACAGAAAAAUGCUAGUGAUGCAUUCAAUACAGAAAGAGCUCGAACGCAAGAGUUUGAUCUCGUGGGAGAAGUAAAUCCUGUCAUUCCUUCAAUAGACGUGGAUGGAACGCCAGCUCUCCCACAACCUGAAUUAUUCAAAGGUGUUCUGAAAGGAUAUCAAAUGAAAGGUGUUACAUGGCUAGCUAAUCUCUAUGACCAAGGAAUCAGCGGAAUUUUAGCCGAUGAAAUGGGUCUAGGCAAGACAGUACAGUCGAUAGCAUUUCUCUGUCAUAUUGCAGAGCGGUACGGGGUUUGGGGUCCGUUUCUGAUUAUAUCACCAGCUUCUACACUACACAAUUGGCAACAAGAAAUGCAGAGGUUCGUGCCAGAUUUCAAUGUGGUUCCUUACUGGGGUUCUCCCAACGAACGAAAAAUACUUCGACAGUUUUGGGAACAAAAGGACUUGCACACCAAAGAUGCUAGCUUUCAUGUUGUGAUCACCAGCUAUCAGCUAGUUGUCUCUGAUUACAAAUACUUCAAUCGUAUAAAAUGGCAGUAUAUGGUUUUGGAUGAAGCCCAAGCUAUAAAGAGCAGUUCGUCGGUGCGGUGGAAACUUUUGCUGGGGUUCAAUUGUCGGAAUAGGUUGCUACUGUCUGGAACGCCCAUUCAGAACAGUAUGGCUGAGCUUUGGGCUCUACUGCAUUUCAUCAUGCCCACCCUUUUCGACUCUCAUGAAGAAUUCAACGAGUGGUUUUCAAAAGACAUUGAAAGUCAUGCUGAAAACAAGACCGGGAUCGAUGAGAAACAAAUAUCUCGACUUCAUAUGAUUUUGAAGCCUUUUAUGCUUCGUCGUAUUAAAAAAGAUGUUGAAAACGAACUAUCAGAUAAGAUUGAAAUUAUGGUUUACUGUCCGCUAACAACACGACAAAAACUUCUAUACAUUGCCCUCAAGAAGAAGAUUCGAAUAGAAGAUUUAUUGCAUUUUACAGUCGGCGGUGGUGAUGGUCAUGGAGUGGAUAAAAAUUUCACAUCAAAUCUUAUGAAUUUGGUUAUGCAAUUUCGGAAAGUAUGCAACCAUCCAGAGCUUUUCGAGCGGCGUGACGCAAAGAGUCCGUUCGUGAUGAAAUGCGAGGAAUAUCAAAUAGCACGAUUGAUUUAUGAUGAGGGGAUUUUAAGUAAUGCUCUGCCGAGUAAGACACAUUUAUUGUAUAAUAGAUUUAGUAUUUUCAAAAUGGAGUAUACGCAUCGCUCCGUUUUUCCACGAACAAAGACUGAUAGAUCAGAAGAUUAUGCUAGAUACAUUGAUUUAAAUGUAGACCGAGGAUUUUCGUUUAUGCGGUUUUUGAAUAUUAGUCCGGACGAGAUGGAAAAGCUAACACUUGGAGGGUUGAUUUAUUUCAUUCGAAGUUGUCUGCGAAUGAAGGAAAUAUUGCGGCGACUAGCCUAUAGACGGGAAUAUUGGCGCGGGGAAAACUAUGGGUUAGCGUACAUGUUUUUGGAGCCUAUGGCUGAACAAAAUUCAAAUAAGAUAUUCUUGGAUUUGGGGAGCGUUCUUAAUACUUUGCUGUUUACUGCGAAUGUGACGGUAGAUAGUUCUGUGUACACAUUUGGGGAUUAUCAAGUUUCUAACAUGCAAGAAACGAUUGAACAUCGUUUUAUUCGUAGUAAGAAUCGCAAUGACAUUGACAGUAAGCCGCUAAUUGAAACUUUAGAUAUUCAAAUUAAAGAUGAAAAUGGAUCAGAUGACAUCAAGCCUCUACCUUCGCCUACACGUGGUCGAGGAGCUAUCAAAACUGAAAAAGCAUCACCAGCUUCAUUAUCGACAACUGCAGCAUUGGUUCCCGAAUUUCCCCACAUCCCAAGACCACCAAAAAGAUGUAUAUGCCAGCCAUUAAACAUGCCACGCUUCCUUUACGGUCUUGGUCCAAAGGCACAGGCAAACGGUCGGAAAUUCUAUGUUGAAAGUCGCGCCGCAGCUUGGAAUCGAAUUCGCCAUGAAAUGUGUGAGAAUGCUGAGGGUCACAGUAUAAUUUACGGCGGUUUAGAAAAGUCAAAAACACAUAAGGGUUGGUCGUAUAUUACGAUACCUGAUAAGCAAACAUUAGUUUCGGAUGCCGGUAAAUUAUCGGUACUGGACAAUUUGUUGACUCGAUUAAAGGCACAAGGUCAUCGAGUUUUAAUUUAUUCACAAAUGACGAAGAUGAUCGAUUUGUUAGAGGAAUACAUGUGGCAUCGAAAGCAUCGCUACAUGCGGCUCGAUGGUUCCAGUAAGAUAUCAGCACGUCGAGAUAUGGUGGCUGAUUUUCAAAAUCGCGCCGAUAUUUUCGUAUUCCUACUAUCAACCAGAGCCGGUGGACUUGGCAUCAACUUAACUGCAGCUGAUACGGUCAUCUUCUAUGAUUCCGACUGGAACCCGACGGUCGAUCAACAAGCCAUGGACCGUGCCCAUCGUUUAGGACAAACAAAACAAGUCACAGUAUAUCGGCUGAUUUGUAAAGGAACAAUCGAAGAAAGGAUACUUCAAAGAGCUCGAGAAAAAAGCGAGAUACAACGAAUGGUCAUAAGUGGCGGUAAUUUCAAGCCAGAUACUCUUAAACCAAAGGAAGUCGUCUCACUUCUACUCGAUGAUGAAGAAAUUGAACUCAAGUAUCGACAGAAAACAGAGGAAAGACGAAAUCAAGAAGAUAACAGCAAACUUGAUCGAGACAGUAAUAAGGAACGAAAAAGAAAGUUGCUUGGAAAGACGGAGCAUUCCAAGAAGAUGAGAGGUGAAGAUGGGUUGGGUGAAGAUCUCAACAAUGUAACCAUGGAGUCAGGUGCAGCGAGUCCGGCUCAAAGCGAACUUUCGAUGAACAGUUCUCAGCUGUUCACUAGUGGUUUAGGUGGUGACAUAUCCAUUGGAGGAUUAUCCCACAUUAAUGAUGACUCAAGCAAUGAAGCCCUAAUUGUUGAUUGUGAUAGUCCGAAUAGAGACAGCACACCAGCAUCAUUUUCUGGAUACGGAAUUAUUGGCAGAUCAAAACGUCGUCAUCCACGUGGCACAAAACGAGGACGACCACGUGGCUCUAAGCGAGGAGGUGGUACAGGCAGCUUGGGUCGAUCGGAUGCGCCACCAUCAUCAACAGCUAGUUCCGCCGGUAAUACAGACAAUCUAACCAACACUGGCGAGGGAACAUUCCAACCGACGGUACCACCGGUUAUCAAGAGAGGACCAGGCCGACCGCGACUAAAGCCAAGUGGCCCAACAAAUCAAGGAUAUCGAGGUGCACCAAGAACUAGAAAACCUAUCGGACCAUUAGUCGUCCCAUUAGGACAAAGCCCAGCCGCCACUCCGUUGAACCGUAGUCCUGUUAUGAGCCCAGCUCCAAGCCCUGCCCAUGAUCGAUCUUACAUAGAGCAAGAUUAAAAUGAUUAUUAUUGUAUUUGAUUAAUUUAAUUGUAGGCUAACAUAAUGUUCAAAAUAAUAAUAAAUUUCAAUAUGAGUAAUAAGUACUUCAUGUAAUUAAUUGUGAGUAAAUAAAGUAGUUCUGUUUUCGAUCAAGCUA